AUGUCACUGUUCAAGAAUUACUUUGGCUUCGGCGGCUCCACGCCCACCCAGGAGGAAAAGGCCCCCGUCAGAGCUCUCCCUGCAUCCUGGUACACAUCUCAGGAGAUGUACGAGCUUGAGCGCCGUGCCAUCUUCUCCAGGAAAUGGCUCCUCACAACCCACAAGGCCAGAAUCCCCAACCCAGGCGAUUGGGUCCGCUAUGACGUUGCCGGCUACCAGUUCAUCAUCGUCCAGGACAGAAAAGGAAACAUCAAUGCUAUGCACAACAUCUGCCGCCACCGUGCCUUUCCGGUUGUCACCAAAGAAGAGGGCAACAGCUACACUUUCUCCUGCAAAUACCAUGGAUGGUCCUACGGCCUCAGCGGCAACCUCGCCAAGGCCCCUGGAUACCAGGAUCUCGCCGGCUUCGACAAGUCCCAGAACAACCUCUUCCCCAUUCACGUCCACAUCGAUCGCAAUGGCUUCAUCUGGGUCAACCUCGAUGCCGGGGAGAAGCCCGAGAUCGCCUGGAAUGAUGACUUCCUGGGCAUCGACGAGCAGGAGAGGUUUCAGCACUACAACUUUGAAGACUACGUUUUCGACCACCACUGGGAAAUGGAGGGUGAGUGGAACUGGAAGAUCCUAGCCGACAACUACAACGAGUGCUACCACUGCCCUACUGCACACCCGGACAUCCCCUCCAUCGCCGACCUCAACUCCUACUACGUCAACACUCAGAACGCGUACAUUCAGCACUUUGGCCAGCCCACAGAGGAGCAGAUUGCCAAGGGAUUCCGUGUUGCCGCCACCUACUUCUGGCCCAAUGCCUCCAUGAACGUUUCACCACACUUCUUCUUCAUCCAACGAUUCGUUCCCAACGGACCUGGUAAGUCGGAGAUGCGCUACGAAGUCUACCGCAACAAGAACUCGAGCGAUGCCGACUUCAACGUCAUCAGCGACAUGUACAAGCGCAUCAUGUCCGAGGACAAGUAUCUCUGCGCCAACGCCCAGAAGAACAUCAACGCCGGCAUCUUUGUUAACGGUGAGCUGCAUCCGGAGAUGGAGAAGGGUCCCCUGUUCUUCCAGAAGACGGUGCGCGAGAUCAUCACCGAACACUGGAAGAAGGAGCAGCAGGCGGGUGCCGAGAUUUGGCCGGCCCAGCAGCAGGUGCCCAAGACUGCCGCGGUGAGCCAGAAUGAUGCACAGCUUUGCUCGGCGAUAGAGUGCUGUAGCAGGAGUAAGGGCAGGAUGGACGACAGGAAGAUGUGCCUUGAUGAGGCGAUUGCUUUCUGA